AUGCAGGGCACCCCCAGUGGAGGGACCUGCCCCGUGCUGUGCCCUGUGGACAGGCAGACGCUCCUGGUCUUCAGCUUUAUUCUGACAGCAGCUUUGGGCCAAAUGAAUUUCACAGGAGACCAGGUUCUUCGAGUCCUGGCCAAAGAUGAGAAGCAGCUUUCACUUCUCAGGGACCUGGAGGGCCUGAAGCCCCAGAAGGUGGACUUCUGGCGUGCCCCAGCCAGGCCCAGUCUUCCCGUGGAUAUGAGAGUUCCUUUCUCCGAACUGAAAGAGAUCAAAGCUUAUCUGGAGUCUCAUGGCCUUGCUUACAGCAUCAUGAUAAAGGACAUCCAGGUGCUGCUGGAUGAGGAGAGAGAGGCCAUGGCGAAAUCCCGCCGGCUGGAGCGUAGCACCAGCAGCUUCAGUUAUUCCUCUUACCACAAUCUGGAGGAGAUAUAUAGCUGGAUUGACAGCUUUGUAACUGAGAAUUCAGACAUUGUCUCAAAAAUUCAGAUUGGCAACAGCUUUGAAAAUCGGUCCAUUCUUGUCCUGAAGUUCAGCACUGGAGGUUCUCGCCGCCCAGCCAUCUGGAUUGACACUGGAAUUCACUCCCGGGAGUGGAUCACCCAUGCUACCGGCAUCUGGACGGCCAAGAAGAUUGUCAGUGAAUAUGGUAAACACAACGUCGUGACAGACAUACUGAAAGCCAUGGACAUCUUCAUAGAGCUUGUCACCAACCCUGAUGGGUUUGCUUUUACCCACAACAUGAACCGCUUGUGGCGGAAGAACAAGUCCACUAGACCUGGAAUCUUCUGCAUUGGCGUGGAUCUCAACAGGAACUGGAAGUCAGGUUUUGGAGGAAAUGGCUCUAACAACAACCCCUGCUCAGAGACUUAUCAUGGGCCAUCCCCUCAGUCAGAGCCGGAAGUGUCUGCCAUUGUGAACUUCAUCACAUCCCAUGGGAACUUCAAGGCGCUGAUCUCUAUCCACAGCUACUCUCAGAUGCUCAUGUACCCUUAUGGCCAAUCACUGAAGCCUGUUUCAAACGAGAAGGAGUUGUACGAUCUUGCCAAGGAUGCGGUGAAGGCCCUGUACAAGGUUCACGGGAUCCAGUACAUUUUUGGCAGCAUCAGCACCACCCUCUACGUGGCCAGUGGGAUCACUGUUGACUGGGCCUAUGACAGUGGUAUCAAGUAUGCGUUCAGCUUUGAGCUCCGGGACACGGGGCGCUAUGGCUUCCUGCUGCCGGCCACACAGAUCAUCCCCACAGCCCAGGAGACGUGGAUGGCGAUUCUGACCAUCAUGAAACACACCCUGAAUCACCCCUACUAG